AUGAUGACAAAUAAAAAAUGUAUGUUGUAUGUUAUGGAAUGAUGGUCCCUCUGGACUGACCCAGACGGAUUCUUUCAAAUUGUCAUCUUGAUCGACUGAAGUACUUUUAAAUAGGAGGAUUUUUUCGUGUUGACGCCUCGAUGCUUUGGUUGAGAGGGCGGACAGAGUGAACUUGAAAACAGAAUUGAAAGUGAAAGUCUGCCAUUCCUAAUCGUUUUAACAAAUUAGAAGUUGACUGUUUGGUCGGAAUAAACUCGUUUCUGUUUCCAGGCCUCGACAUUCUCAAGGAAUUGCUGAGUCGUGUUGCCGAGCAGCCGGACGAGGUCGCUCAGCCGUUCUACAAGAGAUACUACAUCGCUCUGCUCAAGCAUGUUCUCGCCGUCGCCUGUGAUAGCUCUCAGGUUCACGUCGCUGGUAUGGCCUGAUCUACCACUGACUAGGAUCUUAACCACUACCUUUUCCAGGUCUGACUUAUUACGCUGAAGUGCUGUGCGCUCUGUUCCGUGCUCCAGAGUUCUCGAUCAAGGUUCCGUUGAACGAUGAGAAGCCGGAGCAGUCCAACAUGGAUUUCAUCUACGAUCAUAUCGGAGGAAACUUCCAGGCGCACUUUGAUAACAUGAAUCAGUGAGUUUACCUUCCUAAUUAAUGUCAAUAACUGAAAUCUGUCUUCAGGGACCAAAUCCGCAUAAUCAUCAAAGGAUUCUUCUCGUUCAACACGGAAAUCUCGAGCAUGCGCAACCAUCUCCGCGACUUCCUGAUUCAGAUCAAGGAGCACAACGGAGAGGACACUUCGGAUCUGUACCUGGAGGAGCGCGAGGCCGAGAUCCAGCAAGCUCAGCAACGCAAGCGCGCCGUGCCCGGAAUCCUCAAGCCGGAUGAAGUCGUCGACGAUGAGGACAUGCGCUAA